GGAGUCUUCUCGAGUGUUCAUUCUCUGCUGUCUCGGCGGCGACUUCCACUCCCUCCCACACCAUGCCCUCCCACCCCCAUCCCCGCGCACGGACCGCGCAGCCCAACGCCCCCAAGAGCCACGACCCCAGCGCCUGGCUCGGCUUCUCCUUGCCACCCCGCGCCCCGGGCCUCGGCGCCGCCGGUGUCCCGGGUUCAGGCGUCCCCGGCCCCCCUCCCAGGCGCAGCAGGCGCACCGAGGGCUGGAGGGGAGGGCCCAUGAGCCGCGAAAAGUUCCUCAACGCCAGCUUCAAGUUCAUGCUCAAGCCCACCGAAGUCUUGUCCUAUGGAGCCCAUUUCGCCGACCCCGAUAUCCCUUUGCAUUGGCCAAACAUUCUUCAAAUCCUUGUGCCCACGUUCAGCGCUCUCUCAGUGGCGCAGGGCUAUGUGUCAUCGUCUGCAGACGCGACCAGCGCCGCGUUCGAGGGAGUGCCCUACGAACUGGAAGAGUCGGGCGAAGUGACAGCAGAGAGAAGGCGCCGCAUCGAAGAAGAGAAGCAAGGCAGGCAGUGUCCAAUCUGUCUCAGCAAGCCUGUAGCAGGCAGAAUGACCAAAUGCGGACAUAUAUUCUGCUUCCCUUGCAUACUUCACUUUAUUCAGCUGUCAGACAUUCCCAAAUCUGCCAAGUGCCCAAUAUGCGGAGACAUGGUCCAGACAAACAUGCUCAAGAGUGUCAAGUAUCUCGAUGCCGAAGGCAUGUUGGGCGCCGAGCAAGAUGAAGAUUCACUCGACGCGAAACGAGCUGGACCUGUCGUCCACGCGCCGCCACCUUCCGGCUACGAAGACUCCCUUCGUGAGGCCAAAGCACUCGACUCUACUCUUGAUACGUCUCAACCGGAGGCUUCCACUUCCCGCCACAAGCUCCACAUGCGUCUCAUCCAGCGUCCCCAAAUGACCACGCUCGCCCUCCCUUCAUCGCCCACCUGGCCUUCUGACGCCGUUCCUCCCCACGCGGCCCCCUGGUACUUUCUCCCCGACAUCAUCACCUACUCCCGGUACAUGCUCGCCACAUCAGAUUACAUGAUGCACGAGCUCUCUCGCGAACUCGCCGAGCUGAGAAGAGAGUGGGAUCUGUUGCGAGGUGAUGAGCUUGGAAGGGUAUUUGUGAGGGCCGCGAUGGACAAGGUGGAGGGUCAGAUGGAAAAGGUCAAAAUGGAACUCGAGGCAGAUCUGGCCAAGAGGUCGGAACGUAAAGGCCGGGAGGCUUGGGCGCACGCUGUCGGUGGUGAGCGGUUGGAACGGGAAAGAAAACGGGCGAGGGAGAGGAAAGAGCAGGAGCGGAUCCAGAGGGAACAGGAACAAGAAGUGGGUGAUGUCCUGGUCGAGUUUUUCGCAAGUCAACAGACUUCGUUUGACAACUCUGCCAAUAUCGAUAUCCCUCCUAAUCUUCCUGUCACGCCAAAUCCCAUGCCGGAUGUGCCUCCAAAAAAGCACAAGCGUCGCUCUCAGCAACCAGCCCUACCUCCGCCUCCUACGCCUCCAUCUCAGUCGUACUACUUUUACCAGUCAUCACUGGGCACGAACGUGUUCCUCCACCCCUUAGACAUACGAAUCCUUCUCGCGCAUUUCGUCACCUACAGCUCUUUCCCGCCUGCCCUGACUUUUAAUGUUCAAGGUUGGGAGACAGCGACGAUUACCGAAGACUUGCGCAAGCGGUCCAAGUAUCUAUCACAUCUGCCUGUGGGUACCGAAGUCGUCUUUAUUGAGACAGACCUCUCUGCCCUCGUCUCUCCCGCCACUUUAUCCCAAUUUGACCAACCCCUCAAGGCGCGGCGCCAAAAGCGCAAAGACAAGGUCCGCAAAGAAGACCGUGCCAAAGCCCGCUGGGAAAAGGUUGAAAAGGACAGAGUCGCGGGAGAAGUGCUGCCGAGUGUGAGGAGUGUACCGAGUGCGUUUGUGCCCGGCGGUGUGGUGGAGGACGAUCAGCUGGAGAUGGUGUUGCAAAGGUCAAUGAGAGAGUUUGAACACGACUUUCCGGCAACUGCGCAUCAAAGCUAUCCUCAACCUGGGCGACAGCCUUCUGCUGUAUCGUCGAGUCCGCCCACAGCGGGUGCUCCGCCAUGGGGUACAGCGCAGUCGGCAUCAGCGUCAGCGUCAGAAGAUCAGCGACAGCGCUCGUUCGCCACUGCCUUGCACAGACGAUACAAUCCCGCGACACGGAUGGAUGAAGAAUUCGACCCGGCGUGGGAAGCGUUUGAGGCGCUCAAUAUCGGGGGAGAGGAAGUUCCGAGAGAUGUUAGAGAGACUGAAAGAGGAGGAGGGCAAGGGGCGGGGCGGAAGAAGAAGAAGGAGAAGGGGAAGACACUUGUCUUGGGUGGCGGUGGUGGGCGUAGGGCAUAGAGCCGUCGAGUGAGACGGGUCAGAAGAACAUAUAAAAACAUCAUUAGCCCUUGGCAUCAUCUUGCAUAUCUUUCAAUCAUGAUUCAGACGGUGCCACCAAGCUCCAAUCUUGCGACGUUCAGUCAAACCAUCAGACAGGUGAAUACUGGAUCGAUAGCUACAGGACAUUUCACAAGCCCCACUCUACCAAGCCAUCACCUUUAUCUCUGCCGGGCAGAUAUCGUGACUGAUAGACAUCAUGACUGAUUAUACAGUCCGGCUGAGAGGCAAUGUUGACUGAGAGCACAAGUUGGCGUGGUUCCGGCGCGCGAGACUGGUGAGCCUGAGGACAAGAACGCCACAGUUGAAACUCCCUGUCUGGCCAUGUAUGCAUG